AUGAGUUGCCUGCGAAAGAUCGACGAUGAAGGUGACGAGUUCGCCGACCAAGCUGUGCCGAGUACAUGCGUCGAUGCCCACGUUCUCUCGAAAGUCAAGGAGCAAGCAAAGGCGUGGAAGGCGGCCUACCUCCAGAUGAAGGACAUCGCCACCGAAGCUCACGCUCCGAGCCAAGAAUGUGCAGUUUUUGCAUCAGCGAGAGAGGACAAAACUGGUAAAUGCUCAAAAAAAAAGGGCAAUCAACCAGUUAUUGGACUACAAAACCUUGGCAUAUGCGCUUGCGGACAUGCGCCACGAAUCCGUUGCAGAGGAGCAGUCCCGUCUCGAUGCCCCACUCGCCGGAAGCAGUUCUGCGGAGCCACAGGAGCAUUCGAAGCCGAAGGAAGAGCUCGACAUGAGAAAGUCGAAGAGCGCCGCUUCCUGAUCACGAUCGAGUGA